ACCAGGAAGUAAAACGGAGUGCCUUGGUUGACACAACGGUGGACGUGGAAUGCAUACAGUAUUACUCGCUGUUACAGCCAUGGAUCUGUCACUGUGAGAAAGCAGAUAUUUGUACUAAAACUGGGGAAUAUAUUCUACAUCAAUGAAGGAAGCUUUCGCUUGACCUAAUCUGGACUUCGCCAGUGAAGGAAAUAAGUAACACUUGAUUAACUCACACGCUUUUCUAAUCGUUUGCGUUAUAUUUGCGUUCAAAUAACGUGCAAAUGAUCACCAAAGUUGAACACGUCUAAUUUAGCUGUUGCCGUUCUCGUAUUCAUCGGCUUUGUUCGCACUUCCGCCUUUGUUAUGGCUCCGAUGGGCAUCCGGUUGUCCCCGCUCGGCAUAGCCGUGUUCUGCUUACUAGGAGUCGGUGUGAUCUAUCACCUUUACGCGGGAGUUUUAUCUAGUAGAAUCGCCUCGUUCAGACAGAAGAGGACUGUGGAUCUGAGAGAGCUGCUCGCGCUCUCCAUGGAGGCUGCGGUGCAGGGCGGACGGGAGGUGAAGAGGAUCAGGGAGGACAACACACUAGAGGAAAAGUCAAAGGGCAAAACAAAAGAAGGGGCCAGUGAAAAGCUCACGCUGGGUGAUCUGAACUCGCACCGCAAGAUGUUCUACCUGAUCAAGAACACCUACCCUAAUAUACAGGUGAACUCAGAAGAACAUGCUAAUGCCGAGGGUGAGGCCACUGUGUGGACACGCAUCAUCCCUGAAGAAAUUCUGGCAAAGAUCUCAGGAGGGAAGGAGGUUCCUGCAGAAAGGAUCACAGUGUGGAUUGAUCCACUGGACGCCACUCAGGAAUACACAGAAAAUCUCCAGAAGUAUGUCACCACUAUGGUGUGUGUGGCUGUGGACGGGGAUCCUGUUAUAGGUGUGAUUCACAAACCCUUCACUGGGUACACAGCAUGGGGUUUUGUUGGAGAGGGAUCCAAUGUGGUACCUCGUGCUUCCUACAACACAAACUUUCCUAAGGUGAUUGUUUCACGCUCACACUCAGGCAAGGUGAAGAGCUUCGUUCAGGUGGCCUUUGGCAACAAUACAGAAAUUAUACCAGCAGGGGGGGUAGGAUAUAAGGUACUAGCUCUUCUAGACCCCACUGAUGAGGAACAAGAUACAGCCGAUAUUUACAUCCAUGUGACGUACAUCAAAAAAUGGGAUAUCUGUGCGGGUGAUGCCAUCUUGAGGUCUCUUGGUGGUCAAAUGACAACUCUCAAAGGAGAGCAGAUUGAUUACUCUGGGACAGAGGGAAACAAGGGUGGCCUGCUGGCAAGCAUUAAAACUGACCACGAGGCAUUGGUGAAAAGACUUCCACCAUGGGAAGAGAACAAACAAUAAUAAAUCGCUGCCCGGUCCUGUCCCUAACACUCUUAUUUUCUUCGGUAACACAGUUGUGUAGACAUAUGAGAGAAUAAAGAAAAACUUAUGACAUGUGGCAACUGAUCCAACGUCAGUGAAAAGUGUAAUUAUACCUGAAUGAGUCUGAAAACUGUUACAGGUUAUAAACAAAGGGAGUGUGCCUUUGGCUUGUAUGGUUCAUUAGCUAUGUAUUUUGUGACACAUUUAAAGAAUAUUUAAGUGGAAAUUAAGUAAAAGUGCAGCAUCAAAUCAUGAGGUCACCUUUAUUGUAAUCAUUAAAGAGCAGGUCAUAUCAGAGUCAGAUUUUUUGGGGGGGGGGGGGGGGGGGGGGGGGGGGGGGGGGGGGUCAAUAAAAAACAUUUCUCAAGAGCAAUUUUUAAAGGGAACUCAAAUAAUGCAGCUAUAAUUUUACUUGUAAGGAUAAGUAUGCACAGUGGAAAGCCUUACUGCUAUUACAUAGCAACCCUGCCCAAUCGUGGUAAAAAUCACGUUCCGGGGGGUAAAUAUCAUGUUAUUAAGGUCAAUUAAACAGGUUUAAAUGCAUCUAAGGUCAGAAAACAUUGUAUUUUUCUCAGAAUAUACAUUUAAUAUUAGAAUCAUUUUUCAAUGAUUUAGAAAUGAUUAGUUCGAAGCAGUCCUGCGCUUAAGGUCUGAUUGGUCAGCUGGCCAGCUCUUGUGAUUGGUCUUUCCAUAUACAAUGCAUGUAGGGAACGAAACGCCCAUUACCAUUUAAUAUUUUUUGCUCAGGAGGGUUACUUGUAAACAAAGAUGCUAUAAGUUUACAAACAUGGCAUCGAUAUUACCCUAUCAAUUGGAGCCCGAGACCGAAGAUGAUGAUAAUGCAGUCACUCAACCAGAAACUCCAUUCGCAAGCAUGACUUGAUCAGGACGUUUCUCAGUGGUAAGUUUAAACUUUGUAUGUGCCACUUUACAUAUGAUGUGACAGCAGUUUUAUUGCAUUCAUUUUAUUUAUUCGAGGUGCAAGUAGACAUGAUGUAGGUGAUGUGAACACACUAACUAGCGGAAUUGUUUGUAGACAGGUCAAAGUGUUUAAAUUUUGCGGGCAGGCAGGGCUUAUGCAAAUGUGUUACUUUGUGACGUACAUAUAUAACAGGCAGAAGAUUAAAAAAUAUGAUGACUCAGUGCAGUUCAGAGUUGACUCAUUUAAGGGACAAUAUCUUUAUUUAUCAUGCACUUUUUUGAUGAACAACUGUGCAGACCAUUUACAUUGAAGGAUAGCUACGUUUGUAAACUGCAAAAAAUAAAUUUCUUGAAAACCCAUAUGACCUGCUCUUUAAUAUCUUGAGGUGAAAACCAAUAGCUUUAUUUCAUUUCAUUUCAUGUUUGUUUUUUGAGAGUGUUGUUUCCAAAAUUGCUGGUAAAAACAGGUUUAAAUGGUUUUGGGUGAAGAUUUAACUGUGAAUCCAGAGAUAACUUGAAUAUGAAAUCAUUGUGCAUAGCACUGUUUAUCACUGUUAAUAACUCACUGUUCCCCUAGGUGGCAUGUUUUCAGUUCUGUGCAUCAGAUCUCAGUUUGUACUGUUUAUACACUAAUACCUGAAUUGCUGUAUGAUUAGACUACAUAGGUUUAAGCACCAUGCGUUAAUAAAAAUAUAUAAUACAGUAUGUUAA